AUGAUUAUGAGCGUUGGAGGAUCUUCAACUAGCGCUAUUUUAACUGGCAAGGCUCCAGGUUGGCUUGCCUCAAACACGACCAUGCCAACAUAUUUGUUGAUAUAUUCAAUAAUGUUUUAUUUUCCAAAUUCUUAUCAAGUUUUUACAUUUAUACCUUCGUUUAUUCUUGAUCCAAUUCUCUUAACAGUCGAUGGUUUGAUUCGUGCUAAUGGAAUAUGUUCAUUAGGUGUUGAUAAUAUUCGAUUUGGUAAACAAGACAACCCUUUAUUAAAUACAAGUUGGGUUGCUAUUUUACUUUGUGGAUCAUUAUGUGGUUGUGGUGGUGGUUUAUGGGAGUCUACUUUUAAGUUCGCAUCACCAGAGUGGACAUUUUCUACACCAUCAGCACUUUUAAAUCCUACUUAUGAUAUGAAAAUAAGUUUUAUUACUACAUUGUUUUACGCACUGACAACAUCAGAUGUUCAAAUUGCAACAGUGUCUUUUACACCAUUGCUGGAUAUUAAUCAAGGAAAAGCUCUUGCAAUUCUUGGGUUUGUAGGGCUGAAUUUGUAUAAAUUAAAAGAUCCUACACGUAUUAGAUUUUUACAAGAUACAAAAGACGUCGAGACCAAAGAGAAAGUGCAAUGA